CACGAACGCACUGCCAACGCAGGCAAAGUAUGAAAUACCUACAUAUACACAAGGGUUUUGUACCCACUCGAGCGGAUUGUCUUACUCGAGCACGAUCAGCUGAUCACUAUUCAGCGGCUCCACGUCGCGAUAAUUCUACAGAUCUUUCUCGUUCGACCCGUUACGUUCAACUGUCAUUCACAAUCUCUGGUCGACGUUGAAAAAAACAACGAGCAUGGAUACCGGCGCCACGUUGCGUAUCUCGCGUGUACUUCUGACCGGUCCUCCUGGUAUAGGGAAAACUACAAUAUGCAAAAAAAUAAAUUCUAUGCUAAAAGAGCGAGCAUAUAAAGUUGACGGAUUUUAUACGGAGGAAGUGCGGAAUAAAAGUGGUAACAGAAUCGGUUUUGAUGUCGUACUUGUAAACCGUUCUGAGAAAAAAUCAACAUUAGCAAGAGCUGAAAAUAUUCUAAAUCAAUCACAACAUACUAAACAUAAGGUGGGAAAAAAGUACCAUGUAUUUCUUAAUGAUUUUGAAGCGGCGGUAUUACCAAUCUUUGACUCCAAUGCAGACAUAUUAAUUAUAGAUGAAAUUGGCAAAAUGGAAUUAUUUAGUCAAAAAUUUCAUGAGAAAGUACUGAAAGUAUUUUCUGAAACUACAAACGAUUCUUUUGUGAUCGCAACAAUACCUGAAAUGCAUCGAGUACCACAAAAAUAUUCAUCGUUAUUUAAACAUUUUCAAGCUGAUAAGAAAUCUAAAAUUAUAACUGUGAAUCAUCAGAAUCGUGAUAGCUUAGUAGAAGAAAUAUUUCAUUUUCUUUCAUAAUUUA